GCAGUGCUCGACCGGACCGGCACUGAUGGGGUGUCAGAUAUUUCCGGUUUUCUGAGCACCCAGGACAAACGGCCACGACGGAAUUAAAGGCAGUCUUCCGCAUUAUGGACUGACCCCUGCUCUGUUGGCCGUGUAUAUCCCCUUUCCGCUGUAGAGAGAGAGUGUGUGUGUGUGUGUGAGAGAGAGAGAGAGAGAAAGAGAGAGACUGAGUGUGUAAGUGACGUGUGCUCCAUGGUGACCCAUGGGCCGCUCUCCCAUCAGCCUGUCCACACUGAAGCUGGGGAGGUUAAAGGUCAUCCGCAGGCAGCUGCUUCAGCGCUAUGAGCACCAGCCCUUUGUCUCCUGCCUGGCUGGACUCUAUGGCUGCCAGUGGAGGCGCUAUCAGAGGGCCAGAGCCCAACCUGGGGAGUGCUGCUGUAACAGGUUGGAGUGUACUAGUUUUAUCCUCCUCGUCAUCACUUUUUUCCUGACGCUUGUUUUCCUGUAUUUCUGGAGUGAGGCUCAGAAUGACUACGAUGACUUUGAUUGGUUUAACUUUGGGAAUAUGGGCUUCUGGUUUCCCUGGUCAGUGGUGCUGCUGGUGGUGGCUGCGGUGCUUUUUACCUACAUCGCCCUCCUGCUGGUCUUAGCGGUGUGUCUUCUCUCUGAGGGACAGAGACUUUAUCUGCACUGGAGCCACAAAAUUGGUAUUCUGGUGACCUUGACAUUCUCUGUCAGUGCCACAGCUGUGCUCUCGGAUCUGUGGAGCAAAGAGUGGCACACCCUCCUCCUGUCCUUUCAGGUCACAGCACCUUUUCUGCACGUGGGUGGAGUCUCGCUCAUGGCUCUCCUGUCCUGGCCAAUAGCCUUACACUUCUUUCGAAUGAAUAAGAGAGUGAGGCAGGUGGCCAUCCUGGGCUCGUACUUGGCUGUUCUCUUUGCCCUGUACCUCGUUCCUCUGGGUAUGUAUUCCCCCUGCAUUAAAGAGGAGGGCACACUGGGCCCAGCACCCAUCCUCAUCGGGCACAGGGGAGCUCCCAUGCUCGCACCAGAGAACACACAGCUGUCCUUCCAGAAAGCUGUGGAUACUGGAGGAGAAGGACUAGAGACUGAUGUCACAAUUAGCUAUGAUGGUGUCCCCUUCCUCAUGCACGACAGCACACUGAGGAGAACAACUGAUGUACGCAAGGUAUUUCCCAACCGAACAAACACUCCAGCAGCUAUGUUCACCUGGGCUGAGCUGGAGCUGCUCAAUGCUGGAGCCUGGUUCCUGCAGAGGGAUCCGUUUGGCACAGCCUCAUCUUUGGACCCAGAUGAUCGAGACCAGGUGGAGAACCAGACAGUGCCCACACUGAAAGAGUUUUUGGACUUAGCUGCACAGUGCAGGAGUUUGGUGAUCUUUGACCUCCGUCGGCCACCUCCAGGUCACCCGUACCGGAACACAUGGAUCACCCGAACCCUGGAGGUCAUUCAUAACGAAUCCACCAUUAACUCAAGCCAGGUGCUGUGGCUUCCAGCAGAUCAGAGGGACCUGGUGCAGGAGCUGGACCCGGAGCUUCAGCAGACUUCUGGGAGCCGAGCAUCUAUCGAGGAGCUGCAAGAGAGCAACAUUGUCCGCCUCAACUUGCACUACAGCUCAAUGUCCCAGGAGCAAAUCACUAAAUAUGCCUCUGUCAACAUCAGCACUAACCUUUAUGUGAUCAGUCAGCCAUGGCUGUUCUCUCUGGCCUGGUGUGCUGGAGCUCAUUCAGUCACCACCAACGCACCACACCUCCUCAAGAUCCUCCACAAGCCCAUCUUCCUCAUGACCCCACACGAAUACAGUCUGAUGUGGAUUCUAACAGACAUUGUGUCUGCUGUCCUGAUCACAGCUGUUUUCAUAUUCCACUGGUGGAGAGAACGAGGCUUGCCAUUCUGGUCAGACAGCAAGCAAGUGCAUGAGAAUGGACUAUACAGCAAAUUUAGGACUGAACUGAGUGACGUCUGGUCCAUCUCCAGUCUCAGUGUUCGAGGGGAGGGACGGAGCGGACCCACCACGCCAAACCUGCCCACCAUCACAGAAGAGCCGCAGGUCUGAGAGAAACGAUUGAUCAGAGAAAAGAUUGUUUCGACUCCAUCAAACCAUACGUCCAUCCUUAAUACAUCACUGAAACCUCUGAGCUAUAUUGCCAGAGGAUUUUGUUUUGAGAUUCAGACUGAGAUUUGAAUCACUACUUCAUAGAGAACCAGCUGCGUAUGAAGCAACCAGCAUCUUCUCACUAAAACAACCAAAAACGCCAGCAUUCAUGAAAGAUUUAUCAUGUGCUCCUUUUUUAAAUCAUGAAAUUAUGAUCAGUCUGUGCCAUUACGAACUCCUCUGGAAAUGUAUGGAUGCUCAUAUUUGAGAAGAAAUGCUCUCUUAGUACCCAUUCAGUUUUCAUCAGAUGGAAAAAAACAAGAAUACACUUUGUGUGAUAUGUGGAUAAAUAUAAACGCGUAUAGAUAUCAAACAUUUUGCUACAUUAGAAUUGUAAUGCUAAUGUAUAAUAGCUUAUCAAUGAAUGUAUUUCAUCAACAAGCUGAGUAGAAGCAUGAUUGAAAAAAAAAAAAAACACACACACACCACUGAGCUUCUGUAGCGCUGUUCAAGUGGCCAAGAGAUAAAAGGACAAACUAGUACAUGUAUUUAAUCAACGUUCAGUUGUCAGUAACUAGUGUUUGUUAGUCAGGCAACAUUGGAGUGCCAGAAUAAACCUUCUAAAUGUUUCUAAAGCCUUCAGAGACAAUCAGCGGUAACAGUUUGAGACAGAGGCUGUUUUCACAAGGAUAUUUUGGCUUAAAAUGCACUAAUAUGUUCCCCUGGCAUAUUGUAAAUGUGUUUGUAGGUGUUUUUGUUCCCAUGUAACAGGGGAAACUCAUUCUAACAUGUAGACUUAAAAAUGUAAAUUCCCCUGUAUAAUAAGAGGGGGGAAAAACAGCACAUGUAAGAAACAUGCAAAGAAACAUGCUUAAAAACUUUACAGCAGCUUUGGAAAUUUCUAGAGUCUAGAAUUGCUGACCAUCAUUGAGGAGUUUUUCAGAACAACAUCAAAACACCACUUAAAUUUUCCCUUCCUCAAAAAGUAGGGUGGUUUGGGAUGCUUUGGCUCUACUUGUCCACUUCGAGGGAAGAGUCACUGCUAAUCAAUUCAGAGUCAUCCUGACUGAUCACCUUUACCUUAUGAUAAAACAUUUCUAUCCGAAUCAGAGUGGUUUCUUCCAAGAUGAUGGCGCCUCAUUUACAUGGCAUAAGGGCUCACUGAAUCAUUUAAUCAGUAUGAAAUGAUGUAUAUUACGUAUCAACACCGUUAUCAAAACACUAAAUGAGGGAAUAUCUUUUGGAAGAACGAUAUUCAUUCUUCCAGUUCAGGUUCACUGAAAUUGGCCAGUUUGGUGAGUCUGUGCCCACAGUUGCCUCAGAUUCAUUACUUUACAGGCAUUUAGCUAAAGCUCUUAUCCAGAGCGAUGUACAACAUACCCAGAGCAGCCUGGGGAGCAGUUGAGGGUGAGGUGCCUUGCUCAAGGGCACUUCAGCCAUUUCUGCUGGUCCAGGGAAUCAAACCUUUUAGACCAUGGCUUCCCACUGUUCCUCAUGGAUUCCUGUUCUUGGCUGACAAAAGUGGGACCUGAUAUGGUAUUUUUCCUCUUGCCGCCCAUCCUCUUCAAUGUUUGACAUGUUUUGUUUUCUGAGAUGCUUUUCUGCUCACCACGGUUGUAAAGAGUGUUCAUUUGACUUACUGUAGCCUUCCUGUUAGCUUGAGCCAGCCUGGUUAUUCUCCUGUAAACACUCAUUAACAAGGCAUUUCUGCCCACAGAACUGCUGCCCAUUAAAGGGUUUUUGUUUAAACACUAAACAUUGUUGUGUUUGAAAAUCCAAAGAGAUCAGCACUUUCUGAAAUAUAUGACUUGAUGCUUGUAUAACACAUUGAUAUCGAAAAUUCCUUGUGAAUGCAGCCUAAUACAAAAGGAGGAGACAAUCUGUAUACAUGGUUUUCACUGACGUCACGGCAUUCCGGGGAACGCCCUCCAGCCGCCAUCUUGUGGGGCAAACAAAACGGACCAUCGCCAUGACCGGCUAUGUUAUCUCGGACGAAUUUAUGAAGUUAUAUAGUCAGUUUUCUAAAAUAAAGAUCAAUGUCGGCAAAAUCAAGCAAACAGAAGUAUAUAGAUACAUUAGACGACAUCUCACGACAACGGUAUGCAGCCAAACUGGCCUUGAUUGGGGGAAUUGACCCUUACGAAGUGGACAAAGAUACAUUUUCAAGUGACUAUGCAGGGCUGCCAAAGCCUGAAACUGACUUCAUCAAACUUUAAAGGCUGUCUGAUAUAUACAACUUGGAUGCAAACAGCACGCCUUUUGGCGGAUGCCGCCUUUUUCACGGCUGAAUCGCGCAGAUCCGAUAUAUAUAUAUAUAUAUAUAUAUAUAUAU